GUACAUUGGUGAAGCCAGUAUGAGCAGGGACUUCUGAGGCUUCUGAGCUAUAUAACGGGAAAACAGCUGUGUGUUGAGGUCACGUCACAGGCUACAAGAUGUUAGGCUCAAAAGCGUGUUCUGUGGCAACGAGAAGUUUCUCUACUUCACAGAACAUACUUAAUAAACUGAGAGUUGCUGUAAUAGGUCAAAGCACAUUUGCAGCUGAAGUGUACAAAUUGUUGAGAAAGGAUGGACACAAAGUUGUUGGAGUUUUCACAGUUCCAGAUAAUGGAAAUCGAGAAGAUCCUUUAGCUUCAACAGCAGCAGCAGACAGUAUACCAGUAUUCAAAGUCAAGGCAUGGAGGAAACAAGGAACACCAUUGGCAGAAAUUAUCAGCAAAUAUAGAUCACUUAAUGCUGAAUUGAAUGUUCUGCCAUUCUGCUCUCAGUUCAUCCCUAUGGAUGUUAUCGAUUAUCCUAGGUUGAAAAGCAUCUGCUAUCAUCCUUCACUUCUUCCCAAGCACAGAGGAGUUAGUGCCAUAAAUUGGACACUUAUCUCAGGUGACAGUGAUGCAGGGUUUUCAGUUUUCUGGGCUGAUGAUGGUUUAGAUACGGGUCCAAUUCUUCUGCAGCAAUCAUGCAAAGUCAAACCCAAUGAUACAGUUGAUUCUCUAUACAAGCGCUUCCUUUAUCCAGAAGGGAUCAAAGCAAUGGCUAAAGCUGUGAAUAUGGUGGCAGUUGGAACUGCUCCAAAAGUUCCACAGUCGGAAGAGGGAGCAUCAUAUGAACCUUCUCUUAGUAAGGAAGAACUUCAAAUGAUCAAAUGGGAUCAGCCGUCAUCAGCUGUCCACAAUUUUAUUCGUGGAUUGGACAGUGCACCAGGAGCUUGGGCUCUACUGAAUAAUGAAAAGGUGAAGUUCUUCGGUUCACAGCUGUGGAACAAACCUAAACCAGACGGAGAUUUUGUGGAAAUACAAGGACUUGUCCAUAAAGGAAUUGUACAUCCAGAAGGCCUGCUAGUAACUUGCAAGGAUGGAUCACUGGUGAAUAUCCAGAGAAUUGUGGUAGGUGGUCGCAUGAUACCUGCUGCUAAAUAUGGCAAAAUGAACAGGAAUCGUGAAUCAUUACAGGUGACUGAAAAUGAGAAGAAGAUUUUUAAUGCACUAAAGUUAAUUUGGGAAGGAAUUCUAAACAUCAGAGUACAACAAAAUACAGACUUUUUUGCAACUGGUGCAGGUUCCAUGGAUGUUGUUCGAUUAGUCGAAGAAAUCAAAGAUAAUCUUAAAAUUACAAUUAUGAAUGAAGAUUUGUUCAUGGCUACAACAUUCAAAGAAUUUGGCGAAAUGGUGAUCCUGAAGUCAAGGGGUGAUAUUGCUAAAAAAGAAGUUAAACACGCCUACAUUAAAUUGUAUGUUAACAACAUGGACGUUUCAUUCCCUCAUCAACUGUUUAUCAACGGAGAAUUCGUUGAUUCUGAAUCUGGAGCAGUAUUAGAAAGCGUUAAUCCAAGUGAUGAAUCAGUUAUUUGUCAGGUACAACAAGCAUCAGCAGCUGAUGUUCACAAGGCUGUUCAGGCAGCCAAAAUGGCAUUUGAAAAUGGAGAAUGGAGUAAAAUGAAUGCCCGAGACAGGGGACUGAUAAUGUACAGAUUGGCAGAUUUGCUGGAAGAACAUAAGGAGGAAUUAGCAACAAUUGAAUCAAUUGAUUCUGGGGCAGUCUAUACUUUGGCACUAAAAACUCAUAUUGGAAUGUCAAUAGAGACAUGGAGAUAUUUUGCUGGAUGGUGUGAUAAAAUCCAUGGGUCCACCAUUCCUAUCAACCAUGCAAGACCAAAUAGGAACCUGACAUUCACAAAGAAGGAGCCAGUAGGCGUAUGUGGUCUAGUGAUUCCAUGGAAUUAUCCUUUGAUGAUGCUGUCUUGGAAAAUGGCACCUUGUCUAGCUGCUGGUAAUACUGUGGUUAUGAAGCCAGCACAAGUUUCACCACUAACAGCCCUGAAAUUUGCUGAACUCUCUGUAAAAGCUGGAUUCCCACCUGGUGUCAUCAAUAUCUUGCCAGGAUCAGGUUCAGAAACUGGCAGUGCCAUAGCAAGUCAUCCUGAUAUCCGAAAGCUUGGUUUUACUGGCAGCACUGGUGUGGGACAAGUGAUCAUGAGGAGUUGUGCAGACUCAAAUCUCAAGAAGGUUUCUCUGGAACUAGGUGGGAAGUCCCCACUCAUAAUAUUUGAUGAUUGUGAUCUAGAUAGAGCUGUUAGAAUGGGCAAGAACGGUGUGUUCUUCAACAAAGGAGAGAACUGCAUUGCAGCUGGCCGGCUCUUUGUAGAAUCUUCCAUCCAUGAUGAAUUUGUGAAAAGAGUAAUAGAAAGAACAAGGAAACUCGUUAUUGGAGACCCAUUGAAACGAAAUACACAACAUGGCCCACAGAAUCACAAAGAACACCUGGAAAAGUUAAUGGAAUUUUGUGCUAUUGGAGUAAAGGAAGGUGCAAAACUAGAAUGUGGAGGAAAACGUGUUGACAGAGCGGGUUACUUCUUCGAACCAACUGUGUUCACAAAUGUGGAAGAUGACAUGUAUAUUGCUCGUGAGGAGUCAUUUGGACCAAUUAUGGUGAUAUCAAAAUUUCCUAGUGGUGACAUGGAUGCAGUCAUCAGGCGAGCUAACAAUACAGAGUUUGGGCUGGCAUCAGGCGUCUUCACACAAGAUAUAAAUCGGGCUCUGCAUGUUGCAGAGAAAAUUGAUGCAGGGACAGUGUUUGUGAACACAUACAAUAAAACAGAUGUUGCUGCUCCAUUUGGAGGAUUCAAGCAAUCUGGUUUUGGAAAGGAUUUAGGAGAAGAAGCUUUGAAUGAAUACAUGAAGAUCAAAUGUGUUACACUUGAAUAUUAGAAUAUAUGCAUCUUGCUGCAACAGAAAAUAAACUGAUGCAUGGACUGGAACUGUGAAGUGCUAUUGUAGUGCGUGUACUAUCUAUACAAACCAAAUGAAUGAACUAAUUCCACGAAGCAGAAUCCUUCAGUGUUUUUUGACCCCUUAGAUACUUAAGAAAUUGCCUGCCUUUUAUGAAACCCAAAAUUCCAUUUCCAUGUAUUCAAAAUCUGACCACUGAUCUCUAUCCUAAGCCAUAUGAACACAUUCUAAACAUUCCCACACUAUACCUUUAAGAUUCAUUUUAACAGUAUCCCCCCAUCUGUGCCUAGAGCUUCCAAGGGGUGUGUUCAUUUCAGAUUUGUGUACAAAUUCUCCCAUGUAUGCAACAAGCCCUGCCCAGUUCAUGCUCCAUGGUUUAAUCAACCGCAUACUUUUGGUAAAAAGCUCACAUUAUGCUCAUCAUUAUGAAAUUUUCACAAUUUUUCUGUCAUGUCCUUAAGCCAAUCAACUGGCAUGAACUGAGUCUGAAAAACCACUGAUAGUAUCUAUGCUGACAUGUGGUAUCUGGGAAUGGUUGCCAAGCAGAACAUGAAGAGAAAAAAACCACAACUACUGGACACCCAUGUGUGGCCAAAAGAAUGCAAACUCUCCACCAAAUGAAGUAUUAGAUGUACAGUCAACCAUCUGAGCCAAUUGAAAAGACUACUCAGAGAGAACUGUCGCCUGAAAGGACACCUAUUCACACUGGGAUAACUAAAUGAUCUCACCUGUGAAAGGUGCUGUGACAAAUAUAAAAUAGCCUUGUGUAUUACAUAACUGUUAGUUUCUAGGUCAAUUAAAGCACAAUAGACCACUGUAGGUCGCAGUGCAAGGGCCGAGAAGGCCUAGCCCUCAUACAUUCAUUCAUUCUAGGUCAAUUAAGAUUCCAUUACGGGGCUGCACAAUAUGUGACUGAUAGUUCUGGUGCAAGGGUUUCUUAAGGUGCAUCCAUUUAUUCUAAUUCUCUCUCAUAAAUCCGAAUAUUCUCCUCAGUUGUCUGUUCCUAAACACCCUCAAUCUUUGGUUUACACUUGGAAGGGGAUGUUUCUUUUAAGCUGACAUAGCUGUUAUUACUGAGAUUAUAUGACAUUCACAACAGGAUGAUUAAUGUAUGUGGAGUGACAGUUGGCAGGGGAAACAGAAGUACUCAGAGAAAACCAACCACAGUGCCACUUUGUCCUUUACAAAUUCCACAUGAAGAGUACUGGGUUUGUACCUAUGCCGCCAGGGUACAAUGCAGGAGACUAACCACCUGAACUAUGGUAUAGUCCAAAUAUUUUACAGAUACAAUAUGACAAGUAAAAUCCUACUUGAAUUUAUUUUCCUGAAUGAUGCGAAAGUAUACUGCCUUACUUCUUUGGGGUUUCAGCAACCAUGACCAAAUGCCUUUCAUACUUGAGAAGACAGUUCCCUGAAGCAUGUCAGAAAAACAUUAUAAUUAUCACAAACAUUGAAAAUAUGAAGAACACCUAGAAAAAAUAUCCUUUACUCCCAUACUGAUAUUUUGUACAAUAGAUGUUCUUAGUUUUUUUCCAGUUGCCCAUCCUUAUUUGGGAUAAUGGUUAGUUUCAUUUAAAUUGAAGGGAAGGGUAUUUUGAAGGACAGCAAGAUUUGUGAAUAGUUUUAUGGGAAUGCCAAUUCUGACAGCAGGUUUUAAGCAGGAAAGGAAACCACAGUACAUCUGGAAAAGUUCUGAGUCAAUUCGUUGUGAUUUUGAGUUUAGUUUCACAUAUGAGAAUUGCUGUCAGGAAGCACCCCUCCAGAAAGCGAUCUUGGUAGUGGGAUUAGGAUGCUUGUAAUUGUUGUUCAUCCCUUCUCAAAGAUUUCUCAAAAGCAGAGAAAGAGCAUAACUUCAUUAUAAGCAGAAUGUUACAUAAAUUAUUUGUUCCCAUUCCUAAGCUAAGAAUAUAUUCAUCCUGUUGCUAUUCCUGAACAUUCUGUUACCUUUUCUAUGAUCUAAUACCCAACAGUCUCUUUUGACUUAACCGUGUUGUGUUUAUGAUGCAGAAUUAUUACUCUCUUGGCAACUAUGUGACAACAAGAAACAUAGGACACUCAGCUACAUGGAUUGGGCUGUUUGCCUCCAGAUUUGUGUGUUCGGUGCAGUGUCACCAAGAAUUAUAUGAUCAUUCUACUGUGCACUCACACAACAAGAGAAAUGAUAUACAAUUUCCAAUGUUCAGUGUCUUUGAAUAGUGCAGGAAAAAAACUUGUUGUAAAGAAAAUUCUGAUCCUUAUUUCUUUAUUAGGCUACUGUGACAUCUGAAUUGGCCACUGCCCACUGUUGGAACAAUACUUGACCCUUCCAGAGUAAAAUAUACUCUGAAGUUUU